CUGUUGAGGUUUCACAAUGGUGAAAACUUAGAACCAUGGUCAUAGCAAUCAACAAUUUGAUAUGAUAUAUUUUGACUGGUCAACCAUACUCAUACCACAGUAUGUAAGAUGGACGUUGGAGACUAUGUAGCCCAUAGGCCAUAUAUAAAGGUUUUAUUAUAGAUCCACGGCGCCAGUAGACGGCGCUGUUGACCAAAAGCUGUUCUCGUGCACCUCCAGAUCAGCCGAGGAAGUCCGUUGCGUAGAAACCAAACAAACAUCACGUAAUCUGUUAGCGUGUUUGGCUUUUUACACCGCAGCUCAUCACUGUCACUCGCUGUGCCAUUUUUCUCUAAUAUAAGAAGAGAUACGAAUAGAAAUACAUAUUUAAACCGUCCAGCAGAUUAACAUUUACAAUCGUAUUUGAAGCUUACAGUGGUUAGCAUUAGCUCUUAUUAGCUUUUUGGAUGAAGAUAAUAUUCUAAAACAGAAAAGGUAAUGGAAAUCUAAAGGAGAUCUAAGCACUAGUUACGUUUAGGCAUUUGUCUCAUUGUGAUCAGCGUGGAGGUAAAAGGAAAAUGACCUGUUUUCAUUCAUUUUGUCCCGCUCAAACCUCGGCUAAUCGUUUAGCUAGCUAAUACCUAUCCACAACAGCUGCUGCAGUCUUAAAUCCAGUUUUCUCAAAAGCUGCACCUGAACCCGCUGGAAAUGGCUCGAGAGGAGAGCAGCCACCCAGAUCUGGAUCCAACCAAGUACGAUGCGGCGGAAGCGGUGAAGAUCAUCUGUUUGGGAGAUAGCGCAGUGGGCAAAUCCAAACUCAUGGAAAGAUUUCUUCUGGAUGAGUAUCGACCUCAGCAGAUGUCCACGUAUGCGCUGACACUGUACAAGCACAAAGCCACUGUAGGAAACAAGACCGUGACAGUAGAUUUCUGGGAUACAGCAGGCCAGGAGAGGUUUCAGAGCAUGCAUCCUUCUUACUAUUACAAAGCACAUGCGUGUAUUAUGGUUUUUGACGUCCAAAGAAAGAUCACCUACAAAAACCUAAGCAAGUGGUACAAGGAGCUGCGAGAGUACAGACCAGAGAUCCCCUGUUGUGUAGUGGCCAAUAAGAUUGAUGCUGACAUGAAGGCAACUCAGAGAAGCUUUAACUUUGCAAAGAAACACGAUCUCCCUUCUUACUUCGUCUCAGCAGCGGACGGGACCAAUGUCGUCAAGAUGUUUCGAGACACGAUCAGAAGAGCAGUGGAGUACAAGCAGAACCCCACAGACUUUAUGGAUGAAGUGCUACAAGAACUGGAGAACUUUGACUUGGAUAAAACAGUGGAGGAUUCUGAAGCGGACGAUUAGAAUCCAGAAUCUGUGAAUGUGAAAAAUAUAGUUUAUAAAUAUAUUAUUUUUUGUAAAUCCUCGUACAUCUCGUGAACAUGUAUUUUCAGACAAGAUGGCGCUGUGAAUAGAUUUGUAAUAACCUGCCUUAGUCUGGCAUUGAACUGGUACAUUGUAAACUAAUUUAUAUGUUUUAUAUUUUAGUUUUUAUUUUUUAAAGCAAAAUGUGAAGCGUUGUAAAAGGGAACAUGUAAUUGUUCUUUUUUUUUUUGCUGCUAUCCUCGUGCGUAGGACUUUGAGAUGUCACCAGGGCGCUAUAUUUAUGUAGAAUCUGUGAAGUUGGCUCGACAGCACCAUUUUAUUCACAGUUUAAUAUUGGAUGUAAGCAGAUUGUGUUAUUGUGGAUUAUAGUGCUGACAUAUUCAUGGUACUCUUUAAAAGUACAUUUGUAUGCGAUGUUGUUAGGGGUGGGCGAUAUGCCAAAUCACGAUUUUCUUGGAGCCAGAUUGCAAUUUAAAGGAACCGUAUGUAAGAUUUAGAUUUAGAAUUCCAUAAACACAAGUGUCCCCAGAUAUGACGAUAUGAUAUGAUGUUCAAAUCAAAUGUCUCUUUUACAAAAACAAUUUUAAUGAUUUGGUCUUAAUUACAAAAAACUGGACAUCAUAGCCAAGUUGUUUAUGUUAUAAUUUUGUAUUUUGGUUCUCACAAUGGCUGUCCAAUCAGAAAGCAGAAUGAGCCUCACAGGACUCUCUCGUUUUUGUUGCCAGUUUCAAUGCUGAAAUCCAGUUAGUUUAAACCUAAAAUGGAUUUCUUUGAUCUGAAUCAUUGCUACCUAAACCUCGGCACCCGCAGCCAAUCAUGAGUCAGUGCUAGUGCAGCCUCUGCAGCUCAGAGAGGGAACUCUGGAGGUUCUGAGCUUUCCCAUGAAACAUGGUCUGCCCAUAUACUGAGAAUGAGAAAAACUGUAUGUGCCUCUAGAUGCAGAUUAAGGCACUGGGAAUCCAGGUUCAGUCAUGAUGAUUUCUUUUUUAAAACUGAAAGCCGGCUAUAUACAGUUCCUUUCAUUUUACACUCUUCAUAUAAAUGUCGUAUCUUCAGUAAAUACACAAUAUAAGGUAACCUUUUAAGGAGGGGCCACCACCAUUUGUCUCCAUGGAAAUGUUAUUCCUUUACUUUGAAUGUUCUGCAGUAUGGCAUUAAAACAACCUAUCCAUCUCCAUGGAGACAAGCAAGUGGCACCACCAGAGCACGUUACAGAUCUGUGGAGAGAGGCAACCCUGUUCACAGUAAGACUGCAUGUUUUUCAAGGCAUUUUUGUGCAAUAAAAAUACAUGUAUUGAAAUAAAAGUUUGAUAUAGAAAUGUUGACUGUAGAAUUUUCAUGGAAACAAGGUGGCAGAUCAGACCAGACUUUACGCCAUCUUUGUCUCCUGAAAGUUCACUUUAUUACAGUUAAACCCACCUGUAUUGUAUAAGUAUUGCUGAGGCUGGCCAUUUGAAAAAUUAGUUAAAGGACCUAUAUUAUGCAAAGUUUACUCUUGUGAGUUUUAUGCCACAUUAGAAUAUCAAUACCUUAUCAAAAACAUAACACAACUCCAGGUUUGUUUCAUUCACACCUUGCAUUUUGCACUGUCUGUAUCUCCAAAGCUCAAUGCUCUGUUCCACCUUGUGACGUCAUGAGCCGGUGGUUUAAAAAGCCACUUUUUACCUUUUGUUCAGUAGAGGUAAGCAAUUCCAAGGCUGAAAUUGUACAAAUGAUUCUAGUGAAGGUAUUAAAAAAUACAGUGAAGCACUUCCUGUGUUACCACAUGACAUCACAACGUGGAACAGGGCGUUUGCAGAGAAGAACAUAACCUGAAGGAUUUGUAAAUAAAACAAAACAUAAUUCCAAGUACGUUUUUUGGUAUAUAUAAAACAUUGUAACAAGGUAAAACAGUGUAAUAUGGGCCCUUUAAACACAUAUUGUUGAAAAUGUCAUAUAAAAGGUCAAAUAAAAAACUUAACUUCUGAAGUGUAUAAAAUAAUUCAGAAGAGGACAUUUUGUGUUACGUCAAGCUCAUAAUAAAACAAAAGUAAAGUGGA